ACCCAUCUUGAGACGUGAAGUACAAUUUACUGGGUGACUGAAGGCGUGAAACAACACAAAAGUUUACUUGACCAAUAUUCGUUUUUAACUAUUUGGUCUGGAUGCCAGCACCAAAUACUGCCGUCUUCCUGCCAUCAUGACUUCGUUAUUGCGCGCUCUUGCGCUCAAUACCGGGCUACGUGCUGCGGCACUUCUCAGGGAGAUACCACCACGAUAUGUUCAACCCAGUGCCCUCAUCAUCCUCCAACAAUGCCGUUCCUUUCACUCGUCACCACCAGCGGCCGCUACUAUGAACCAAGCAAUGAAGCGGAAAAAGCGACCCGUCCGGCGUACCCAGCUUUCCAAGUCCCCUCUUUUAGAUACUUCCCCUCAGAAAAAGGGUGUAUGCACCCAAAUCAUUAUUGCAAAGCCCAAGAAACCCAACUCCGCGAAGCGGAAAGUCGCUCGUGUGAAGUUGACCAAUGGGAACUCGUUGCAGGCGUACAUCCAAGGCGAGGGGCACAACUUGCAGGAGCAUAGUGUUGUUCUGGUUCGAGGUGGUCGUUCGAAGGAUCUUCCUGGUGUCAAGUACAAGGUCGUCCGUGGCGCGCUAGACUUUGCCGGUGUACCGGGUCGUAUGACGGCGAGAAGUAGAUAUGGGGCCAAGAAACCCAAAAAGUAAUCUUAUUACCGUCGAGAUUACGUUGAAAUAUUGCAAUGCGUUUUCGUAACAUCUAGAAGGUCACCUGAUUACUGCGGUUUUUGUGUGCAAGCGAUAUCAAGAGAAGGACUUUUCAGUUCUUGUUCUUACUACUGAAGUCGAAGUCCUUCAGAUCAAUUUGUUCCUCGAUGAACCGUAUUCCUUAUCUCCAGAUACAGCUCCAAUUUUGUCAGACUUUCCAACAUUAGAAUCACAAUCUUUUCAGGCGUAUUUCAGCUCUUGUUUAACGUCUAACUCUCAUCGCGCAAAACUGCGAACAUGGUUACAAGUCGUCAUGAUGCAUUAAAGUAUUACAAUUAUUGCCGAGUAUAUUAGCUGCAAGUAUGUGGUAUGUAACGGUUCCGCUUUCC